UAAACAUGUUUAAAUUAUAAGCAACAAUAUUACUAACCCUUGCACUGUAUAGUGCAUUAUCCUCAGCUUCAAGCUAGCUAGCUAACUCCAUUCAGCUAUGGAUCCAAGAAUCUCCUUCUCCAAUGAUUUUGUGGAUGCCCAGCAAGCCAUCAAUAUGAAGCGUGAAAGCAUUUACAGAGAAGCUCCUGUGUCUUCGGAUUUCGAAUUCUGUGUGAAGAACUAUGCCAUGAUCUCAGCAGAUGAAGUGUUUUCCCAGGGCAUGUUGGUGCCUAAUAACAAAUCCAUGACGGCCAAGAAGAUGACGACUACUCUGAGAGAUGAGCUUCUUGUGAGUGAUGACUUGUACGACGACGCACUGCCAAGAGUACCGAAGAGUUCAAGCAGAUGGAAGGAGAGGCUGGGCUUAAGAAAGAGUAGUUCUAAUAAGAAGGAUAAGAAGAGUUGCAGUACUGAUGGGUUUCUGCAGAGAGUAGCUGAAGAGGAAAGGCCUAGCAAAGACAAUCUGGGGCUGUUUUAUGGAGGAGGUCAGAAGAUGAGCUGAACUAUAAAUAUAUAUAGUAGCGGCAGUGUUGGUCGAAUCUCUAGGAGGGAGUUUCGUUCCUCUGACGAUAAUUUUCUGAGGGGUUGUUAGAAUUUGUGCUGACUUUAUUCAGAAAAACUUAGACAUAACCUGCAAAUUAAGCGAUGUUUAUUAUCAAUUAACUAGAAAUAGAAAGAUGCAUGGCACCUUUAGCAUUUUGAUCAGUGUACAAAUGUUUGCAGUAGAAGAACAACCCCAUCAGUAGAUCGGUUUUAGUUUAUAUCUGUGUGUAAUAUGCCCAAUUAUUAUGGAGAGACCACUUGUUUUCUAGUAAUAAGUUGUCUAUUUUCUUCCU